CUGUGUUGAAGGUUCUGCGCAUGCUCAGACGCCACCUUCUCAUGUGUUUCUUACGCAGGCUCCCGUGGAGGUCACUGUGAGCUAUCAGCGCAGUGGGACUGUUAUAUUGCUGCUAUGGCAAAGCUCUUCGAGUCCAUUGGAAAGCUGGGAUUGGCCUUGGCCGUAGGAGGAGGUGUAGUAAACUCUGCACUUUUCAAUGUGGAUGCGGGACACAGGGCGGUCAUCUUCGACAGGUUUCGAGGUGUUCAGGAUGCUGUUGUUGGGGAGGGCACACACUUCCUAAUUCCCUGGGUGCAGAAGCCAAUCAUCUUUGACUGCAGGUCCCGUCCACGCAAUGUGCCUGUCAUCACUGGUAGCAAAGAUUUGCAGAAUGUCAACAUCACGCUGAGAAUCCUUUUCCGACCAGUCGCUGCACAGCUGCCGCAGAUUUUCACCAGUAUCGGAGAGGACUAUGAUGAGAGAGUGCUGCCCUCCAUCACCACCGAGGUUCUGAAGUCUGUAGUGGCCCGUUUUGAUGCCGGUGAGCUCAUCACUCAGAGAGAGCUGGUGUCCAGGCAGGUCAGUGAGGAUCUGACGGAAAGAGCAUCCACCUUCGGCCUCAUUCUAGAUGACGUCUCCCUGACACAUCUGACAUUUGGCAAGGAGUUCACAGAGGCUGUUGAGUUGAAGCAGGUUGCACAGCAGGAGGCUGAGAGAGCCAGAUUUGUUGUAGAGAAGGCAGAGCAGCAGAAGCAGGCAACCAUUAUAUCAGCAGAAGGAGACUCCCAGGCUGCACUGUUGAUCGCUAAUUCUCUGGCAGAAGCUGGUGAUGGCCUGGUGGAGCUAAGAAAGCUGGAAGCAGCUGAGGACAUUGCCUUCCAGCUCAGCCGCUCUCGCAAUGUUACCUACCUCCCGUCUGGACAGGGAAUGCUCUUUCAGAUACCACAGUGAUAGGGAAACUAGAGACACACACACUCGCUUCAUUUCUUCUGCCCCAAGUUUGGCUACUUUUGGAAAUGGUGAUGCCUGUAGAACCCAUGAAACUAUCUAAUCAGCCUAUAGGCAAAUUUGAAAGAGACAAAUAUACCCUGUGAUUUUCUCUCUUUUAGUCCAAGAGUUUUCUUUCUCUCUUUAAAGUAUGGACCUCCACAAGGUGGCUUCAGCAGUUGGAAAGAGUGAAGGGGAACCAAGGGGAAGAGUCUGUAAUGUAGAGUCUGUGUAUGUAAAUGUGCUCGGGCACAAAUAUAUUUGCAUUUGGAAACGUUUUCCUUGGCUAAAUGUGAAUUGAUAUUGUUUGAAACCCUUACGCCAUUUCAGCUUAAUUGUCCAUACACAGAAUUUGAUCUAAAUACCUUGCAAAGCUAAAUUAAAUUGUGCAUUCGUGAGUAGUGCGUGCUGGAUGAUUGACAUCAAUCUCACCCUCUGCACCUGCAAGAACGACUGUGUUGUUUUUUUGUCAUUGUAUGUGGCAGAAGGAACACCCUUGUUUCACAAGUGGUGAAUGGAUAAAAUAAUCAGUAAAAAUUAUUCAUUUAUACUAAAUCAAAAUACAGAUGAAUGUCUCUCAUUAUUAUAGCAAUCCAUUAUUAUAAUUUGUAGACGCAUCUAAAAUGAUUUUUUUAUGUUAUGUAGACCACUUUCUUCCUCAUCUGUUGUGAAGCACACUUCAGAGGUCAAUAUGCCUCUUAGUGUCCACUAGAGGGCAUCAGUGCUUAAUUCUUAAAAAAAAACAAAAAAGCUUAUGUCAGACCAUGGAAAACAAAGAAAAAAUGACUAAAUGUUUAUAUUGAGUUUAAUGCAAGUAGUACAUUAAUUGUAGUUAUUCUAACAUUCAGAUAUUAUAUUUUGUAAUAAUUUACACAAUUUAUUUUCUCAUCCCCUCUUCUUCGUCAUUGUCUUUUUCCACUUAUUUCUUUCUUUUGCCUAGAAAAUUCUGCAACUUAAACAUAAAGAAAUGCUUUAAAUUGAGUAGAAGCAGCUUUUGGUUUUUAAAUCAAAAAUGUGAGAAUGCAAA